CUCUGUUAAUUUGAAACUUUUGACAGGGUGAUCGACGCUCAUGUUGUUUAGUUACUGCUGCUGUGCUAUUUGAUCAAGUUUUAAGCUAAGCUUACUUCGGUUGCUUAAACUCAAGAUUUAAAUUAUUGCUCGCUGAAAUGCUCAGUUGAGAUGCCAUUGUCGUGUGAAUGGUUGCAUGAGCGCCGAAUGAACAGCGAAAUGGAACUUCCCGAAUGGACAGACAUCGUGAAGACUGGAAGGUUCAAGGAACUGGCUCCUUAUGACCCUGAUUGGUACUAUAUCAGAGCUGCCUCAAUGGCACGGAAGAUAUAUCUGAGCCAGGGAAUUGGAGUUGGUGGUUUUCAGAAAAUCUAUGGGGGGCGCAAGAGGAACGGAAGCCGUCCACCGCAUUUCUGUAAGAGCAGCGGGGCGAUUGCUCGUCACAUUUUGCAACAAUUGGAGACGAUGAAUAUCAUUGAAAUCAACCCUAAAGGUGGAAGGAAGAUUAGUUCUCAAGGGCAGAGGGACCUUGAUCAAGUAGCUGGACGUGUCUGACGACUUUCAAAUAUCUUUAGGCCCAUUUUUAUCAGCAUGGAGAUGUGAGUUAGACUUGUUUUGGCCAAUUGUCUUUUAAUUUCGAACUUCACUAAACAAUGAACGUAAAAAAUUGGCAGAUAAUGGAUAUCUUAUGCCAUGCUAGGACUGAUAUAUUUGCUUGCCAAUGUAUCUGUUUCCCGUUUUUCUUGAUUA